AUGGACGGCGAGAGCCAAGUGGAGGCGCGGGGCCCCAACGCGGCGCCGUUGUGGCGGAGGCGGGCGACCCCCGGGCCGCAGCCGCCGAGCUGGAACCGGCCGCGGCCGCGGUCCUACCAGAGCGCCGGCGGGCUACUGGUCACCGACUUCCCGCUGGAAGAGCUGGGGGCUCUGCCCCGGGGCGGCGGGGCGGACGGCGGGGCGGACCGCCAGCAGGGGCACAGGAGCCCCCCGCUGCCCAGCGCCCCUCGCGGCUCCCUGGAGCCCCGCGCCGCCUCCCCCCGGCCCCGCCGGCCCCGGGCCUCCCGCGCAAGCCCGCCCGCGAACGGCGCCGUGAGCCCGCCGCCGCCGCCGCGGACUCCCGGGGAAGACUCCGCCGGGGCGCCGGUCGCCGUCCUCGCCGCGUCGCCGGGUGGUGCGGGGACGCAGGACCCGGAUCGGGGGCCUCGAAGCCCCGGCUCCACGCCCCCGCGGAGGUGCCGGGACGUGGACUCGCCGUCCACGGACUUGCCGUCGGGGCCGCCCGUCCCGGAUCCGGACCCUGACCCGGACCCAGACCCGCCCCGCGAGCCGCCCGCGGCAGUGCUGAGCACGCACAGCCCGGCCGCCCUCAAGCUGGGCCGGCGGCAGAUCAUCCCCAGGGCGCUGGCCUCGGAGAGCCGGGGCGGCCCGGGCGCCGAGCCCCGCCGGAGGGCGCUCAAGGUGCGCAGCCUGGCGGAGGCACCCGGGGCCGGAGUCGCGGACGUGGAUGCGGACGUCGCGGAGCGCGAGGCGGACAGCCCGGGGACCCUGCGCCGGGGCCUGCGCUCCACCUCCUACCGGAGGGCCGUGGUCAGUGGCCUGGACUUGGACAACCCCACCAGCUCCAAGAAGAAGAACCGACUGUCCCAGCCCCUGCUGAAGGCUGUGGCAGAGGACCGGGACAAGUUCUCCAGCUUGGGCCGGGUCAAGAAAAAAAUGCUGAAAGGACAAGGAACGUUUGAUGGAGAAGAAAAUGCAGUCCUGUAUCAAAACUACAAAGAAAAGGCUCUUGACAUUGACUCUGAUGAAGAGUCCGAGCCCAGAGAACAAAAGUCAGAAGGGAAAAUCGUGAUCCACCACAAGCCCCUGAGGUCCACCUGGAGCCAGCUCUCUGCGGUGAAAAGAAAUGGGUUGUCGCAGACAGUGAGCCAGGAGGAAAGAAAAAGACAAGAGGCAAUCUUUGAAGUCAUCUCCUCUGAACAUUCUUACCUUCUCAGCCUGGAAAUCUUGAUACGAAUGUUUAAGAAUUCUAAAGAGCUGAGUGACACCAUGACCAAAACUGAGAGACACCAUCUCUUCUCCAAUAUUUCAGACGUCUGCGAGGCAAGCAGAAAAUUCUUUACAGAGUUGGAAGCAAGACAUCAGAAUAGCAUCAUCAUCGAUGACAUCAGCGACAUUGUGGAGAAGCACACAGCAUCCACGUUUGACCCCUAUGUGAAGUACUGCACUAAUGAAGUCUACCAGCAGCGCACUCUGCAGAGGCUGCUGGCUACCAAUCCCUCCUUCAAGGAAGUGCUGUCUCGGAUCGAGUCCCAUGAGGACUGCAGGAACCUGCCCAUGAUCUCCUUCCUCAUCCUGCCCAUGCAGCGGGUCACCCGCUUGCCGCUGCUCAUGGAUACCAUCUGCCAAAAAACACCCAAGGACUCUCCCAAGUACGAAGUCUGCAAGAGGGCCUUGAAGGAGGUGAGCAAGCUGGUUCGGCUCUGCAACGAAGGAGCCAGGAAGAUGGAGAGGACAGAGAUGAUGUACACCAUCAACUCCCAGCUGGAGUUCAAGAUCAAGCCCUUUCCUCUGGUCUCCUCCUCGCGGUGGCUGGUGAAGAGAGGCGAGCUGACGGCCUAUGUGGAGGACACGGUGCUCUUCUCCCGGCGCACAUCCAGGCAGCAGGUCUAUUUCUUCCUCUUCAAUGAUGUGCUCAUCAUCACCAAGAAGAAGAGUGAAGAAAGUUACAACGUCAACGACUACUCCCUGAGAGAGCAGCUGUUGGUGGAACUCUGUGACGGUGAAGAGCUGAACUCUCCAGGGAAGAAUGGCUCCACCGCACUGUACUCCAGACAGAGCUCGGCCAGUCACCUCUUCACACUGACCAUCCUCAGUAACCAUGCCAACGAGAAAGUGGAGAUGCUGCUGGGGGCUGAGACGCAGAGCGAGCGCGCGCGCUGGGUGACGGCGCUGGGCAGCAGUGGCGGCGGCGGCGGCAGGAGGCGGCACCUGGACCGAACUGCGCUCACGCAGGUGGAGGUCGUGCGCUCCUUCACCGCCAGGCAGCCCGACGAGCUCUCCCUGCAGGUGGCCGACGUGGUGCUCACUUACCAGCACGUGGGCGACGGCUGGUACGAGGGCGAGCGGCUCCGCGACGGGGAGCGGGGCUGGUUCCCCGCGGAGUGCGCCAGGGAGAUCACAUGCCGGGCCACCAUCGACCGGAACGUGGAGCGGAUGGGACGUCUGCUGGGGCUGGAGACGCACGUGUAGCCGCCGCCGCGGGGCAGCCGCGGGGGCUCCGGCUCCAGCCUGCAGCGGCCCGGCCCGGCGCCUCCGGAUUCGGACUCAAGAGACCAAGCCGCGGGGUCUUCAAACCUCUUCCCCGGACGUGGAGCCGCGACUUUGGUCCCGAGCAGGGGCCGGACCUGGUGACCGGGGCGCGCCCCAGGCGCCUUGCUCCUGGGAGAAGAGCCAGCGCGCAGCGCGCGGGCGCCGGCGCCCCGGGAGGGACCCCGCCAGUCCCCGAGGCCGGCCACCGUCCGCCUCUGGCUGAGGGCGGGCGGCAGGGAAGGCUAGCAAGGUAACGGAAAGAGGCCGGACGCUUGCUUCAGAGGGGAUCGUAUUUUUGUUUUGUCGGUCGUGGGACUUGAACUCUGGAUUUGAGCGCU